UUUGUUCUUCCAUUUGUGUCCAUUGUUCAGGAAAAGGUUAAAUCUUUGACUCAAUUUGCUGUUGAGCUUGGCUUCUUAGUGGAGGAGUAUGCUGCUAGUCGAGGGAAAAUUCCACCCCGCAGCAGACGCAAAAAGAAGUCUGUGUACAUUGCAACAAUAGAAAAGGCAAAUGCCCUGGUUAACAGCCUCAUUGGAGAAAGCAGAAUUUCAACAUUGGGUCUAGUGGUAGUUGAUGAGCUACAUAUGUUGGGUGAAACAGUAAGGGGGGCCACCUUAGAGAUGUGUUUGGCCAAGCUCAUGUUUGUUUCUUCCACCACCCAGAUAAUUGGAAUGAGUGCUACUUUAAGCAACAUUGCAGACUUGAAGGCAUUUUUAAAGGCUGAGGUGUAUUCAAAUGAUUUUAGACCAGUCGAGCUGAAGGAGUUUGUGAAAGUGGGCCAUGACAUUUACAAGGUCCCUAAACCUUCAGAUCCUGAGGACGAAGCUGGUAAAGUUUUCAGGAGGAUUAAUAACAAACAGGGCCAAAAGAAAGAAACCCUGAAGCGAGAUCCAGAUCAGUUGUUAGCCCUGGUUUUGGAGGUUGUUCCUGAUCACUCCUGUCUGGUUUUUUGUUCCACUAAGAAGAACUGUGAAAACUUGGCAUUACUGCUCAUAAAGUUAAUGCCCAGGGAAUUACGCCAAGUGAAAGCCAUGGAGAGGCAGCAGCUGAUGAGGGCUCUGUACAAUGAAGCGUGUGGUCUGUGUCCUGUGUUAAGACAGACCAUUCCUUUCGGCAUUGCAUACCAUCACAGUGGACUGACGAUGGACGAGCGGAAACUAAUUGAAGAUGGUUACAGUCAGGGUGUGCUAUGCCUUCUGACAUGUACCUCUACUUUGGCAGCAGGUGUUAACCUGCCGGCAAAGAGGUUUGUAGUCUGUUUGGAAAGGGGUGUGUGUGUGUGUGUGAGUCAGGGGAAAUUGACAUUUUGAAGAAAAGUCACGGAAAAU